CCAUUAAUUUCUGGCCCAAAUAUUGGAAGAAGGCCCAAAAAAGCCCACGAAAUAGUGAUAUAAACCGAUCUCCUAGGGUUUAUCAGAAGGAGAAGGUGCCGCUGCUGUUCCAUCGUAUAUUUCCACCGGAGGCUCCGAUCUCCUACUGCAGCCAUGGCUAGAGGUUUGAAGAAACAUAUGAAGAGGCUCAAUGCUCCUAAGCAUUGGAUGCUUGAUAAACUUGGUGGUGCUUUUGCUCCCAAGCCAUCAUCUGGACCUCAUAAAUCAAGGGAAUGCUUGCCCUUGAUCCUCAUCUUGAGGAACAGGUUGAAGUAUGCUUUGACUUACCGUGAGGUUCAAUCUAUUUUGAUGCAACGACAUGUGCUUGUUGAUAACAAGGUCAGGACUGACAAGACUUACCCUGCGGGUUUCAUGGAUGUCGUCUCAAUUCCGAAGACCAAUGAAAGUUUCCGACUUCUAUAUGAUACAAAGGGCAGGUUCAGGCUUCACUCCAUCAGGGACGAGGAAUCAAAGUUCAAGUUGUGCAAAGUUAGGUCUGUUCAAUUUGGUUCAAAGGGGAUUCCAUACAUCAACACUUAUGACGGCCGGACAAUUCGCUACCCAGAUCCACUCAUCAAAGCUAACGACACCAUCAAACUCGAUUUGGAGUCGAACAAGAUCGUUGAUUUUAUCAAGUUUGAUGUCGGGAAUGUUGUCAUGGUGACAGGUGGACGCAACACUGGUCGUGUUGGAAUCCUUAAAAGCAGAGAAAAACAUAAGGGCAGCUUUGAGACGGUUCACAUUCAAGAUGCCACUGGGCACGAGUUUGCCACCCGUUUGGGAAAUGUGUUUACUCUUGGAAAAGGUUCAAAGCCUUGGGUAUCACUCCCCAAGGGUAAGGGUAUCAAGUUGACAAUCAUUGAGGAGGCUAGGAAAAGGCAGGCUGCUCAAGAUGCAACUGCAUAGGUGGUUUGAUUUUGUAUUGAUUGUGUUCUAGGAGAGUUAUGCUUUAAUUUGGGUACAAUUUUCAAUUUUGAGACCUUGGAUAUGCAUUUUAAAGUUGGUUUGAUUACAAAUUGAAGACUUACUUUUCUUGAUUUUUA